AUGAUGGGAGCCAGAGGGCAGGCUGUUUCAGGGGAAGACGGCCCCAGUGUGUUACACCAGUGGUGUGUUCUGGCCCUCUGGGCUCAAGCCCUGACCCUCAUCAGUGGACCUACAGAGGCCGGGCUUUCAGCUGCUGCUGAUGAAUGCCAGCUCUACUCCUUCCUUCAAAACUCUCUGCUUCACAAUCAUUCCAUGGGUGGGGUAUACCUGGAUGAGAAAGGAGAUCUGACAGCUGACCUGGACAUUGUGCACUGGGUAGUUUUCCCCAACAAAUCUGUCAAGAGAGUGAAAUCUGGGAGUCCAGAAAAACAGGCAUCUCAGGAUUUUAAAUUUACCAUCGACCAAGUGGAAAUGCUGACCAAGCCUCCUUCCAGGUGUGUGGAACGCUGUUGUCCUGGAUUCCGGAAGGUGGGUCGGGAAGGGCAGCCCGUCUGCUGCUACGUUCUUCCUUCUGCGGAAGGAACCAUCUCCACCGUGGAAGAUGCUGAAAAAUGCACCAGAUGUCCAGCAGAUCAGCAUCCAAACAUCAACCAAGAUGACUGUAUACCUAAGAUUGAAACUUUCCUAUCCUAUCAAGAAAAUUUGGGGAUGAUCCUAUCUUCCCUCACCUUGUUCCUGUGUUUGGUAACAGGUUUAAUCUUGGGAAUCUUUAUUAAAUUCCAAGAAACUCCCAUAGUCAAAGCCAACAAUCAGGACCUCUCCUACAUCCUCCUCAUCUCCCUCCUGCUUUCCUUCUUGACCUCCUUCCUAUUUGUUGGCCGGCCAAGGAGAGCCACUUGCCUUCUCCAACAACCAGCAUUCAGCAACAUCUUCUCAAUUGCUAUUUCUACUGUCUUGGCCAAAACAGUCACAGUGGUGUUAGCCUUCUUGGCCACAAAACCAGGGAAUAAAGUGCAGAGAUGGCUGGGGAAGAGCCUGGCCAAUUCUAUCAUCCUUUCUUGCUCUGGUGUCCAAGUUGCCCUCUGCAGCAUCUGGUUGGGAAUUUCUCCCCCAUUCCCUGAGUCUGACAUGUUCUUACAAUCUGGGGAAAUCAUCCUGCAAUGUAAUGAAGGCUCUGUUGCCAUAUUCUACCUUGCCCUUGGCUACAUGGGCUUCCUGUCUGUCAUCUGCUUCACAGUAGCUUUCCUGGCCAGGAAUCUACCUGGGGGCUUCAAUGAAGCCAAGCUGAUCACCUUCAGCAUGCUGGUCUUCUGCAGCGUCUGGGUCUCCUUUGUGCCCACCUACCUGAGCACCAAGGGGAAGUAUAUGGUGGCCGUGCAGGUCUUCUCCAUCUUGGCCUCCAGUGCUGGCCUGUUGGGCUUCAUUUUCAUUCCCAAAUGUUACAUUCUUUUCCUAACACCAGAUCUGAAUACAAAAGAACAUUUGUUGUCAAAAUAA